AAUGAGUCUGCAGAUUUUAAACGCAGAAAAUGGAGAAAAUGGAGGAAACAUUAAGGAUGAUCUAACAGCAGACGACUGUGGCUUUUUCUUGGCGCCGCCAGAACCUACAGGGAGACCUUCCAUUCUACGCCCGUCCCAGAAAGAAAACUUGCCACCAAAAAGUGUGGCAAAAGCAAUGAAGGUAACCUUUCAGACUCCUCAGAGAGAUCCUCAGACUCGAAAAAUCCUAAGUCCUACUAUGACAGACAAACUUGAGACUGCUUUUACACUUGAUGAUUGCUGUGAAGACUCGGUGGAUGAUGUUUUUUGUGCACCUUCUGAUGCUGACACAUGUCAACAAAAGAUUGAGCCUGAAGCAGACAAUACACAAAUGCCAGAGAAGGUCAGUGUGGCUUCUUACCCAGAUGAUGAGAUGCCAGUGAAGAGCCGAGGAUCCUACAGUAUUGACUUCGAUAACUUAGAUAACAUCAAUCCUUUUCAAAGUUCAGCACAGUUGCCUUAUUCUCCUGGAAAUCUGCAGAAGUCUCCUGUAAAAGUAACUAGCAGCCCCAAGAAAACUACUGAAAAAAGUAAUGAUUCUAUUCUGACAGAAGAUGCAGGUCCUUCUGCUUCAACCACAGUGAAUACAGAGUGUUUAAGUGAAGAGAAGCCUUUAUUCUCUGCAAGAAAACCGGCACUGAGUGAGCUGGAGUCUAAUAAAUCCACACUGUCCCCUAAGCAAGCUCUCAGUGACUCUGAGCAGGGUGUGAAGCCUGCUUCCCCAGAUGUGAGCCAAACUGAUAAUUCAGUGGGAUUAGCAGAGGCACUUCCACCUCCUGGACAGUUACCUGGUAGUUUAGGUCCCAGUAGUUCUGAUGUAACUGGUUCUUUUAAAACUGGGGAAUCGAAGCAUCAGGAUGUUUUGGUAGCAGAAAAAGCUUCCACAGAAGAAUCAAAGCCUGAGGAAGAUCUGGCCAUCUCCAAAGGGAAGCCUGCAGAAAAGCCUGAUGUCCCCAAGGCUGGACCAGUAAAACUGGAAUUUGACUUUGAUAAUGCCACUGCUAAAAAACCACCUCCUAGGAAACUAGGUAAAAGACCUGGAAUUAAGCCACCUUCCAAAAGAAUUCCUGUUACCAAAACAAAACCAGAGAAUAUUGAAGUGCAAAAUAAAAGUAAUGUGGAAGAUGAAAUCCCUCUUCCUAAAGCAUCUUAUAAGUUUGACUGGGACAAACUUGAUGAUCCAAACUUCAAUCCAUUUGGAGGAGGCUCCAAAAUUUCCACCUCGCCUCAUUCUAAGCCCAGCCCUCAGAAAGUUCACGUGCAAGAGGAGCAGGAUAGUACCACUUCAAGAAGGGACCCUCUUCCAGUGGAACAGGAUAACCAUUCAAGUACCUUUGAAACUCCUGAAAAAUCAGAACCCAAAAAUCUGGAAAUUGUUAAGCAGAGUGUGGUAGAAGACAUGCCAAGAGCUCCAGAAGAGAAGCCAGGUGUUCAAGCAGAAGCUGAAUUUCCAGGAGAGAGAGACAUGGAGGAGCAAAUGGACGCAUCUAAACUGUCUUCAACUCAUAAUGUCCCCUCUCAAGAUAAUUUGGUUUCCUCUGACAGUGGAAAAAAGUCAGUGUCUGCAGAAGUUAAACCUCUUUCCCACAGAACUGAAAUGACAGCAGUUGAGGAGACACCUGAUGCUGAACCUGAAGAAUUCUUCAGACCAUCAUCUGAGGUCCUAGGAUCGGGCAUAGAAAUAGACUAUCUGGAACAAUUUGGGACUUCAUCAUUCAAAGAGUCAGCCUUAAGAAAACAGUCACUGUAUUUGAAGUUUGACCCUCUACUGAGAGACAGUCCGAGAAAACAGUACCAGAAAUUGAUUGAAACAAAUGAAAGUAUCAUCACAGCUCCACCUCAGCAGAGUCCUGUUCCUGAUUUAAGUAAAUUGCUUGAGGAACCUGAAAAGCCUCUAGUGAGUCUUCAGAAUGAAGAAAAACCAAAAGGACUAGAUCUUCUGGGGACAUUUACAACUUCUGACACAGGUCCCCUAAUUCCAGACUCCCUGAGUGGUGAUGUUCCUCCAGUCCCUUUUGCUGCUUCUACAGACACUGCUGUGGAUGCUAUUAUAGAUGUGCUGAAAUACAGCCAAAAAGACAUGGAUGCAAUGGUUCAAGAGAAAGAGAUGGAGACUGAGAAAUGGAAAAACAAGUAUAAUAAGCUUUAUAUGGAAUACCAGGAAAUGGGAAAAAUAGUUGCUGAGUUUGAACAGACAAUAACACAAGUUAUGGAGGAUUCUCAGAAGCAGAAGGAAAUCUCAAGGAAAGAAAUGCAGAAGCUGAUGGAGGAGAAGCAGCAAGCUUUAUCAGAUCUCAACUCCAUGGAAAAGUCUUUCUCUGAACUCUUCAAACGACUUGAAAAGCAGAAAGAGGCACUAGAGGGUUACCACAGAAAUGAAGAACUUUUGAAAAAAUGUGCUGAGGACUACUUGGCUAGAAUUAAAAAAGAAGAGCAGCGGUAUCAGGCACUAAAGGCACAUGCAGAGGAAAAGCUGCAGCGAGCAAACGAAGAAAUUGCCCACAUUCGAAACAAGGCCGAUUCAGAGGCUGCGGCGCUACAAGCGACUCUGCGCAAGGAACAGAUGAGGAACCAGUCUCUGGAGAGGAGCCUUGAACAAAAGACUAAAGAAAAUGAUGAACUAACGAAAAUCUGUGAUGACUUGAUCUCCAAGAUAGAAAAAAAUUGAUAUCUCUACUGUCUUGUAAAUAUGUUUAGUUUCUCUGACUUGCUGUCUUGUGUGUUUACUCACUUUUUUAUGUAUGUGGGGAAAAAAAUAAAAUUUUUGAUUCACACUUGUCUGGCA